AUGGUUCACAAGACCACCAAUCAUGAUGGACUCACAUCAGCAGAGCCUCCUGUCCGCCAUUACAACCAAUAUACUCUCCUUGUGUCCAUCGGCUUAUCGCUUUCGUUUCUGGCCUACGGUUAUACCGGCGCUGUCAUUGGCACCGUGGGUGGACAGCCAUCCUUCCUCCAGUACAUGAACCUCAUUACAGCCAGCAACGCUACUCAGCUGUUUGGCGCCACAAACGGACUGUACUACGCAGGCGGUGUCUUCGGCACCAUCUACGCCGCCUACGCCGCUGACCGUUGGGGCCGGAAAAACGCGUCUGUCCAAGCUCAGGUUGGCCUCGUUAUCGCCCAGGCCAUUCAGACAGGUUCGGUUCACAUAGCAAUGUUUAUUGUUGGUCGGUUUAUAGCGGGAUUUGCUGGAUACAUUACAUUAUGCGUCACGCCCAUGUGGCUGUCCGAACUCGUUCCCCCUCGCCAGCGAGGCACUCUUAUGCAGAUCAUUGCAAUCACGCUUGGGCUGGGAUACGUUGCGGCCAACUGGAUCGGAUACGGCUUCUCUUUCUACACUGGAAAGGUUCUUGCGUUCCGCCCAAUUUUAGCUCUCGGCAUGGUCGUUCCUGUCAUCUGCAUCAUUCUCUUCAUAUGGCUCCCUGAAAGCCCACGGUGGCUUAUAAUGAAGGAUCGUCAUCCAGAAGCUCAUGCGCUACUGCGCCGCCUGCAUCGAUCACCAGUCGAUAAAGACGACUCUUUUGCCGAUGUCGAGUACUAUCAAAUCUCUAGGCAGGCCACCGUUGACGCCAACCUUGAUCUCUCUUGGAAGUCAAUGAUCUCGACCCGCCCGAUGAAAUUGCGGACGGCUUUUGGAAUUGUGUGGCCGGCAAUGACCGCAACAUCGGGGGUGAAUGUUGUUGUUAACUAUGGUCCGCUCCUGUACAGUCUGCUUGGCUUCUCCUCCGAUAAACAGCUUAUAUAUCAAGGCGGCUGGGCAACCUUGAACUGGGGCGGCAACGUCAUCGGCAUUUUUAUCAUUGACCGAUUCAAUCGACCGGGAUAUUCAAUCACCGGCUUCGUGGGCGUGACCUGCUGUCUUCUCGUCGAGGCCAUCAUCGUGGCAACUUCGUUAGACAAUGGUACCGACUCAGUGCUACGUUUGGGCGUGGCGUCCAUCUUUCUUUUCGGCGCCUUCUUCGGCUGCUUCAUCGACGGAUUGCUCUUUACGUGGGUGGGGGAGGUGUUUCCUACGCCAUACCGUGCAAAGGGCUACACCAUAGCCCUGGCGACACAGGCUCUGUUCAAUAUUAUAUGGACCGAGGCCGCACCGACGGCUUUCACUAAUAUCAAAUGGGGUUACUAUAUCGUCUUCAUCGUCCUGAACGCCAUCUCAGUUGUUGUUAUCUGGUUUUUCUUCCCCAACACAAGAGGCCUGGCCUUGGAAGAGGUGGGCGCGAUAUUUGGUGAUGGUGACCGCAUCGCGGUGUAUCAGCGUGAUAUCGACCUGAGCACCCUUCAAACCGAGGUGGCAGUGAUCGACAAGGAGCACGGAUUCACUGGGAAAGAGUUGAGGGUAGAGGCUCAGCACAUCGAGGCGACAGAAGAGAAGACGUCCGGCUAG